CCCGGUGACUCCGCUCCUCCCGGCGCAGAGGGGCCCCAAGAGGCCGGAGGAGCGCACUCGGGACGGGAUUUCCGAGGAAAGGGAGAGGAAGGGCGCCCCACCCGCUCUGGAGGGGUUCCGUGAACGAUGAAGGGCCGGCGGCGGCGGCGGCGCCGAGAGUACUGCAAGUUCGCGCUGCUGUUGGUGCUGUACACGCUGGUGCUGCUGCUCGUCCCCUCUGUCCUGGACGGCGGCCGCGAAGGGGACAAGGGCGCUGGGCACUGCCCGGGCCUGCAGCGCAGCCUGGGAGUGUGGAGCCUGGAGGCGGCGGCGGCGGGCGAGCGCGAGCAGGGCGCGGAGGCGCGGCCCGCCGCGGAGGAGGACGCGGGCCGGUCCCCCAGGUCCCGGGGCAACCUCAACGGCGCCGUCGGGGAGGCGGCGUCUCGCGAAAAGCAGCACAUCUAUGUGCACGCCACCUGGCGCACGGGCUCGUCGUUCCUGGGCGAGCUCUUUAACCAGCACCCGGACGUUUUCUACUUGUACGAGCCCAUGUGGCAUCUGUGGCAGGCGCUGUAUCCGGGCGACGCCGAGAGCCUGCAGGGCGCGCUGCGCGACAUGCUGCGCUCGCUCUUCCGCUGCGACUUCUCGGUGCUGCAGCUGUACGCGCCGCCGGGGGAUUCCGCCGCGCGCGCCCCGGACGCGGCCAAUCUCACUACGGCCGCCCUCUUUCGCUGGCGGACCAACAAGGUCAUCUGUUCGCCGCCGCUGUGCCCCGGCGCGCCCCGGGCCCGCGCCGAGGUCGGCCUCGUCGAGGACACCGCCUGCGAGCGCAGCUGCCCACCCGUGGCUCUCCGCGCCCUGGAGGCCGAGUGCCGCAAAUAUCCGGUGGUGGUCAUCAAGGACGUGCGCCUUCUCGACCUGGGCGUGCUAGUGCCCCUGCUGCGCGACCCCGGCCUCAACCUGAAGGUGGUGCAGCUUUUCCGCGACCCGCGGGCCGUGCACAACUCGCGCCUCAAGUCUCGGCAGGGGCUGCUGCGUGAGAGCAUCCAAGUGCUGCGCACCCGCCAGAGGGGCGACCGCUUCCACCGCGUGCUGCUGGCGCACGGCAUGGGCGCUCGACCCGGGGGCCCGUCCCGCGCACUGCCAGCCGCCCCGCGCGCCGACUUCUUCCUGACCGGGGCGCUCGAGGUGAUCUGCGAAGCCUGGCUGCGCGACCUGCUGUUCGCGCGCGGCGCGCCAGCCUGGCUACGGCGCCGCUACCUGAGGCUGCGCUACGAGGACCUGGUGCGGCAGCCGCGCGCCCAGCUGCGCCGCCUGCAGCGCUUCGCCGGGUUGCGCGCGCUCGCCGCGCUCGACGCCUUCGCGCUCAACAUGACGCGCGGCGCGGCCUACGGCGCGGACCGGCCCUUCCACCUGUCGGCGCGCGAUGCCCGCGAGGCCGUGCACGCCUGGCGCGAGCGCCUGAGCCGAGAGCAGGUGCGUCAGGUGGAGACCGCAUGCGCCCCAGCCAUGCGCCUGCUGGCUUACCCUCGCAGCUGGGAAGACGGCAACGCUGAGCCGUCCGAGGACGAGGAGACCCCGCCGGAGACGGAGGCCGACGGCGCCACGUAGCCCCGCUCCCGCGCCCCCGGGACGGAUCCGGAUGUAACAUAAUGGGUCUCCAACCCUCCUUCACCGGUCUGAGGGAACGCCUCUCAAGGACAAAUGGCUGCAGCAUUUUAUGGUUUUAAGAACUGACAAUCUCCCAGAAACUUUGACUCUUUUUUUUUUUUCAUUUUUACUAACAUUUGGCACUGACUGGGGUGAGGUAAGAAAAUGAAUAGAGAGGAGGGUUAGAGGACACAGUCUUCAUCCAAUAGGAGGUUAGAGUCUGUGCACGUGACAGUGACUAUGGGGCCAGACAUCCGUGCUGCUGUUUGGAAGAGCCGAUGGGGCUUCCUUUGCAGGGCUGCAGGGACAUCUGGGAACAAGCUUUAGGCUCUUUCAAACUCUGGUGACUGAGCUCUUCCUCCCACAUUUCUGCUGGAAUUAUCGGGCACUUACCAUGUCACCACCAACCAGUGGAUUUAUCAAAAUGCUUGUAUUCCUGGUUCCGAGAAAGAUAAUGUUACCAACCAACUGAUGAGUUUCCAAAAGUCUGUCACACUCCACUCUAGGAAUGGGAAGGGGAUGGAUCCUCAGGUGCCAUGCAUUGAGUUAGGCAUUGUGGAUAUAUCAUUACUGUGACUGUCAAUGAAAAUAAUCAAUAAACAAUCUAUAAUAAGAAUAGAAAAGAGUUUUAUCUGAGCCAAACUGAAGACUAUAGCCCCGAAGACAGGAAGACAGUCAGAUGACUGUGAGCAGCUGCUCCAGAGAAGCUUGGUUUUCAGACCAGUUUUACAUCUUGUCAGAACAAAGAACACUAAGCAACUCAGGGAUCGGUUCCUUCAAGGUUUCCAAAAACAAACAAACAAAACAGAUCAGCACGUACACCGCGAGCCAGUAUGUCCUCAGCACCUGGAGAGUGAGUCUUAUCAUCGAAGGAGUACCAGCAUUGGCAUCCCAGGAAGGAAGGC